GUGACUAAGUGGUACCUUUUCAAAACUUACACUUUUGUACCUAAAAGAACUGCUAAGGUACACUCUGGUAUCUUCGAGGUAUAUGUUUGUACCUAAGUGGUACAUAUUUGGACAUUUUGAAAAGGUACUGUCCCAUGUUCAACUUAUACAGUGUAGUAUUGGUCUAACUUCAGGAACAGAGCCGAGUUGGAAAAUUGAGGAUUAAAAUGCUAUGUAUUAACUGACCCUAGCUUUAUAUUUAUUUUCUGUCAUACUGGGAGGUUCCUGCUUGUGGAAUUAAAUAGGAGCGUUGGGCUUUUUCGUAGUCUGUGUUUGCAAUGUGUUACUGGGCAGUGUGUGGUUGCAGUUGGACCUUCAGGACCAGGAGUUUCAAUUGAUAUCGGAUUGACCGGACAGCAGAGUACUGAAACUAACAGCCAUACAAGAUGUACAUGAACUACAGACCCAUCAUUGGUAUUUUAGCCCAAGAAAAAUUGGAGGGUGACCCUCACGCGCAGGGAUCUUCUUAUAUCCAAGCAUCAUAUGUGAAACAUCUGGAGUCAGCUGGUGCCAGGGUUGUGCCAAUCCACAUAAAUCAAACAAAGGAGGAAUAUGUGAAACUCUUCAACUCGAUAAACGGUUUGUUGCUGCCUGGUGGGAAUGCAGACAUCGAGAAGUCUCAGUGUGCAAGAACUGCAAAGUUCCCUUUCAGUCGGUCACUACGACGUCACGUCGCGAAUGAUUAUUUCCCGAUCUGGGGAACCUGUCAGGGUUUUCAUCAGCUCACAGUCCUGACCAGCAACAAGAACCUGCUGACACUGACCGACACCAAAGCCGUCGCUUUACCUCUGAUCUUCACUCCAGGAUCACAAAACAGCAGGAUGUUCAAAAGGUUUCCAAUAGAUCUCCUUAAGUCUCUAGCAGAAGAAAACAUCACGUCUAAUUUCCAUAGUUGGGGUUUGUCACUACAGAAUUACAGCAGCAAUGCCAAACUAAAGCGUUUCUAUAGAGUCCUAACCACCAAUACAGACGGCAAGACGGAGUUCAUUUCUACAAUGGAGGCGUAUCGCUAUCCAUUCUACGGUGUACAGUGGCAUCCAGAGAAAAGUCCAUUUGAGUGGAUUGAGAAAGCCGGUAUGAUUCACACGCUCUCGGCCAUCAAAGCUGCUUUCUACACCGCACACUUCUUCGUCUCUGAAGCCAUGAAAAACCAUCAUCACUUUCCUUCGCAAAUCCAAGAAGAGAAAGCUCUUAUUAACAACCUGUAUCAGCCCGUCUUUAAUGGCCUUAAUAGCAUUUUCAUGCAGAAUUACUACUUUGAAUAAUAAGUGUUAUACAGUAUUCAUCAUGACCUGAAAGUCAGUGAUUUUAUUUUUUAGAUGUGACCAAACACUUUUUUUAAAUUAUUGAUUUUAGUUAUUUGUCUUACAAAACCUACUGGGCUUUAAAAAGAUUAAUAAGCACGCUGCUAUUUAUUUACGUUAUGUCCUAAUGUUACAUUUCUGCAUGAUUUAUAUGUGAAAACUACUAGAAUUGUCCUGACUAAAUGCAUCCGUGCAUAUUUUGUCCAAAUCUAAAGGCAGAUAUAUUUUUAUUGCCAUUUAUGUAAAGUUAAUCUCUUUGUACAGUACCAGGGCUAUACGAUCCAGUAUCAGUCUAUAUGCCACUGUUUAACACCAAACGCUGUGUGUGUAUAGCUUUUGUGUAUAGGCUGCUAGUGUACUCACUUGCUCUUGACUUACCCUCAGAUGGACAACAACAAUUAAAAACACAAAUAAACUAAGAAUAGGAAAAAAAAGUGUUCAAUUGUGGCAUAGAAAAUCCAGACCGCUCAAAUGAUAUAUAGGGGGCAGAAAACCUCCCAGACGAACCAUGGUAUCACAUUGGUGACACAUGAAAUUCUUAGAAAUUGUACAAAAAUAAAUUAAUGAAUAAAAUUAUUUUAAUUACUUAAAUAAAUGAGAGAUCAGAUCAACAAUCUCCUAUAAAGACUUCAUACAAGUAACACUGAAGACAUACAUUUAAGGGACACAUUUGUAGGCAUGUAAAUAUAAUUAAGUAAAUAAAUUGCAUGUUAAAUUAAGACAAUAUUCACUAUGUACCAUCUGUAUUUGCAUAUUUUAUUUACAUAGCACAAGGCAAAAACAUGCAAAAUGUGUUUUUUUCCUGAAGCUGGGAAUCACAGUUGGAAAUCAUUUAAGGUUUGAUGGUGUGCUUAGUUAACCCUACUGAAAAAUCCUGCAAAGACCAGCAUAAGCUGGUAGAUGGUUUUAGCUGGUUUAUGGUG